GCUGUAAUGAGCAGUGAGAAUCCACGCUCGAACUCUUGCAACCGGCUCUCUCUCUCUUUCUCUCUCCUUCGAUGGCUCCGAUCGCGAGAUCUCUGCCGGCGCUCUCGGCUGGAUUCUUCUUCCUCAUCCUCACCGUCGGAGCGGCUGUUGUGUCAUCUGGGCCUACCGAUGGUUUCACGAUUAAUGGCCGCGUUAGGAUCCCCGGAGCUGGUGCAUUUGGUCUUCCGGGAAAGAUAUCAGAUGCUAAAGUUACACUCAAUGGUGGCAAGAGAAUUACUUUCCUUAGGCCAGAUGGAUAUUUCUCAUUCCAUAAUAUCUCGGCUGGGACGCAUCUGAUUGAGGUGGCUGCCAUUGGAUAUUUCUUUUCGCCGGUACGAGUUGAUGUCAGUGCUAGGAAUCCUGGCAAGGUGCAGGCUGCCCUGACAGAGAAUAGGAGGGUCUUGAAUGAGUUGGUUUUAGAGCCAUUGAGAGAGGAACAGUACUACGAGAUUAGAGAACCCUUCUCCAUAAUGUCCCUGGUGAAGAGCCCGAUGGGUCUGAUGGUUGGUUUUAUGCUGAUUGUUGUUUUCCUAAUGCCAAAGUUAGUUGAGAACAUGGAUCCCGAAGAAAUGAGGCGAGCUCAAGAAGAGAUGAGGAGUCAAGGAGUUCCAUCUCUUUCAAACUUGUUGCCUGGAGCGGCAAGGAGCAACUAAAUGUAACACUCUGAUUACUAGGGACCUCUCAUUGUCUUUGGAUGGCAUUUAAAUCGCCAGGAGGAAUCACGUGGCUGAAACAUUUACUUGUGAAGAACUUUUACUUAGGGGAGGAUCUAAAAAGCAUUUAUGGAAGCAUUUUCUCUCAAACCUUUUAGUGGAUGUUUUGAUUCUUGCUGGUUAAUUUAGGGAUGAAAUUGUUUAUGUUGGUGGUUGAGGCACGCUUUGAGUCACCAGUGGUGUACCUUUAUUAGUAGAUUUGUACCUUUGCUAUGUUGUACAAUUAGCCACAAAACAGGAGAUAUAUACGGUAGUUGAUCCAUUUCAAAGAAGUUUGCGACUAA